AAUGGAAGAGAGAAUAGUUAUUGAAAAUAAAUAUGAAUAUUGGAAACAUUAGAGAUUAGUGAUAGCAGCAUUUACAGAAAUAUAUUUAGGGAAAAAUAUAUCAACACAAGAAGAUUUAGCAUUUAAAAUUAUCAAAAAAUCUAAUUAUAAGUAAAAUGUUAUUCUAUUAACUAAGUGAGGCAAUAUAUUAAUUUACUAAGAAGUAAGGGAAAAUACUUAUGGUAUUAGCAGAAGCUUCUAAAAUAGAUAUUUGCCCAUUUAUCGUUAAAAUUUAGGAAUGUUUAGAAUUAUCAAAUAAUCUUAUAUAUAUAGUGAUGGAAUAUUGUAAUUAAGGUUCUUUAAGUAAUUAUAUAUAAAAAGAAAAAUAACUCUAAGAAAAUGAAGCCUUAUACAUAAUGUAUUAAUUAUUAUAAGCACUUGUUUUAAUGGCUAAAAAUAAUAUUGUUCAUAGAAAUAUUAAACCUCAAAAUAUUUUUAUAAAGGAUGGAGUUUAUAAAUUAGGAGGUUUUGGAAUGGCUGAAUAAAAUUCAAAGUAUGAAAUUAAGGCAGGAACUUUACUAUAUAUGGCUCCUGAAAUUUUUACAGAUGACUCAUAUGAUUAAAAAGUAGAUGUUUGGUCCUUAGGAUUGGUUAUACAUGAAAUACUUUUUGGAGAAUUAUAUUUUUAAGGAAUAAACAAAGAAAAUAUCCAAUUGAAUAUUUUAACUAAGUAAUAUGAUUUGGAUGGUAAAAAAUAUGCAAUUUCAAAUGAAUUUAAGGAUUUGUUGAGAUAGAUGAUUCACAAAGAUCCUAAAUAAGUAAAUUAUCAUAAUGUAUUAUUUUAGAGAUUAACAGCAGAAGAUGCACUUAAAUUUGAGAUAUUUAAUUAAUUUAGAACAGAUCCAAGAUAUAUUAAAAUUAUGGAGAAUGAGAAAUUAUUUGAAGCAGAUAGAUUAUAAAAAUAUAAUUAAUAAAACUAAAUUGAGGAAGAUUAGAUAUAAAAAUAAUGA